AUUAAAACAUUGUUUUAAUCAAAAUAAAAUAUUAAUUGUUUUAGGUAGCCCAUUUCACAUGUUUUUACACAAUGAGAAAAAUAUGCUAAUGUAUCAAAUCUAUCCCAUCGGUAAAUAAGCUCAAACAACAAAACAUAGUAAUCGAAUAGCCAAUGUUUCAUAAAUUAUUCCGUAGUACGAAAUGCUUACAUGUUUCCUGGUUCUUCUUAAAUGAUACGAGACACUAUUCCAAAGACUGGAAGAAUUGAAAUAUAAGUAUAUCUUUGGAUGACCAAACCAUACCACCACCAUACAUGUUGAUAUAAAAUAGGAGAAGCGUUGUCGCCAUCUGACUUUAGAUUUGUAGAAGUGCGUCGAUCGUAGCCACGCAUUGCGACCGCCAGUCGGCCCGUUUCCGGAUUUGCCACGCUGAUAUGCGUGUUGGGGCAAGCGCGGGCGCUGACGUCACAUUCGGGAUCUGCGAGCGAAGCCCGGCGUGUCGCAGAGGCGACAAAGAGGAACGGAGGAGAGCGACGUAAACGGCAGCAGCGACUCCUCGUGGCGGCGGCGGCAGCGGCGGCGGCGUCAGCCGGCGGCAGGCGAACAGACACCGCUCACGCUCCGAAGAAGGGUGCAGCUGAGGGACAAAGAAGGCUGAAAUAUGACGAAGGGUGCCUUGCGAAACGGCAAGGCUGAAGGUAUUGGACGAGAAAAUGGGAACGCCGGUGUCGAGCUCGGAGUGUUGGAAGUACCUAUCAUCGAGGGCGGCGCGUCCCCGGAGGCCAAGGACGCCGCACGCGACGCGGCGCUGGACGCCGAGACGGCGGAGGGCGUUGGCGGCGCGGAGGCCAAGGACGCCCCCGCUCCCGCCGCCGCCGCCGCCCGCGAGGACCCCGCGCCCAAGCCCGUGCCCUACUUCCAGCUGUUCCGCUACGCGACGCCGUGGGAGCGCGUGAUGGUGGGCGCGGGCCUGGUGUUCGGGCUGGUCACCAGCAUCGGGCUGCCCGUCAUCAUCAUCCUCUACGGAGAGUACACGACGCUGCUGGUGGACCGCAACAUGGAGAACGUCACGUCCUCGCGCACGCACGUGCUCGAUCUCUUCGGCGGCGGCCGCGUGCUGGUGAACGGCAGCUGGGAGCAGCGGCGGGAGGCGCUGUUGGAGGACUCGGCCGCCUUCGGGCUGGGGGCGCUGGCGGCGGCCGCGCUGCAGUCCGCGCUCGCCAUCUGCUGCAUCUCCUGCCUCAACACUGCCGCGCACCGCCAGGUGGGGCGCGUGCGCAGGCUGUUUCUGCGCGCGGUGCUGCGCCAGGAGAUGGCGUGGUUCGACACCCGGGACCCCUCCGCCUUCGCCAGCCGCCUCACGGAGGACCUGGACAAGAUGCAGGACGGCAUCGGCGAGAAGCUGGGCAUGUUCAUGUACCUGAUCGUGUCGUUCGUGGGGUCGGUGAUCAUGUCGUUCGUGCACGGGUGGAAGCUGACGCUGGUCGUGCUGACGUGCGCGCCCGUCAUCAUCGUGGCGACGGCGCUGGUGGCCAAGAUGCAGGGCAACCUGGCGGCGCGCGAGCAGCAGGCGUACGGCGCGGCGGGCGCCGCCGUGGAGGAGGCGCUCGCCGCCAUCCGCACCGUCGCGAUGGGCUGCAAGCGCGGGCUGUACACGGGGCUGGGCAGCGGCGUCUUCUGGUUCAUCGUGUACGCCAGCUACUCGCUCGCCUUCUGGUACGGCGUGGAGCUGAUCCUGGAGGGCCGCGAGACGGGCAGCAACGAGUACACGCCCGCCGUGCUCGUUAUCGUGCUCUUCGGAGUGCUCUCGGGCGCAAUGAACAUGGGGCUGGCAUCGCCCCACCUCGAGGCCUUCGCGCAGGGCACGCACGCCGAGCUGCUGGCGCGCAGGGGCCACUACUACGCGCUCGUGGCCGCCGCCGCCGUCGCGGGCGCGGCUGACGAAGACGCGGUGUCGCCGUCGGAGGAGCCCCUGGAGCUGGAGGCGGGCGGCGAGGCGCUGCCUGCAGGGCUGGCCAAGCGCCUCUCGGUGGCCGUCUCUCUGCGCAAGGACUCGUGCGCGCCCGACCAGCAGCUGCCCGACGCGCUCAAGGAGCUGUCGCUGCAGGAGCCGAGGAGGUGCGCGCGGCGGACGGCGCUGUUUCGCGGGCCUGUUCCUGGUGGUGGGCGUGAUGGCGGGCCGGCGGCCCUCGGUGCAGAUUGCACAUGCUGGGGACGUGGCCGCACGACGGCUGACGUCGGCCUGCGCCGCGAGGCCUUCGCCGCGCUGUAUCUGAGUGGCGCGGGGCUCGCGUUGCAGGCGACGGGGUCGCGCAUCGGCUCCAUCCUGCAGGCCAUCUCCACGCUGGUGAUCGGCGUGCUGCUGGCGCUCUACUACUCGUGGAAGCUGACGCUGGUGUCGGUGCUGGGCGUGCCGCUGGUGUUCGCCGGCGUGUUCCUGGAGGCGCGCGUGCUGCGCAGCCAGGGGCUGCACGAGAAGGAGGCCCUCGAGAGCGCCUCCAAGGGGUGGGGAAGAAAAGGGGCAGGCGCGCGCUUCCUGCGGCGCUACGGCGACGCGCUGGCGGCGGCCGAGGCGGCCGCCGCGCCAGAUGCGCUGGCGGGGCGUCGUCUUCGCCAUGGCCAGUGCUCGCCCUUCCUCGCCUACGCGCUCACCUUCUACUACGGCGGCUUCUCGCCGCCGACGGAGGGCUCUCCUACGAGAAGAUCAUCAAAUAAAGAGGUGAAUCUUGGCUCUUCGAAAGAGAAACAAGCUCUGCUAUUCGGCGCGUGGAUGCUGGGCCAGACGCUGGCGUUGGCUCCCAGCUUCAGCGCCGCCAAGUUGGCAGCGGGGCGUCUGUUCGCGCUGCUCGACCGCCAACCGGCCAUCGACUCCGGCGCAGAGGACGCUCCGCUCUCGGUGAGACAUUUUCGGAAUCUCAUGUUUGGCCUCUUGCUAAUUUUUAAAACAUGCAAAAUGGAAGGAAUAAGGCAGGAGGCGGCGGGGCGCGUGGAGUACGACGGCGUGGAGUUCGCCUACCCCACGCGGCCCGAGGCGCGCGUGCUGCGCGGCCUGCGGCUGCAGGUGCCGGCGGGCGCCACGGUGGCGCUGGUGGGGCCCAGCGGCUGCGGCAAGUCCACGUGCCUGCAGCUCCUGCAGCGCCUCUACGACCCGCUCGCCGGCAGCGUGCUGGUGGACGGGCGCGCGACGACGGCGCUGCCGCUGGAGGCGCUGCGCGCGCAGCUGGGCAUCGUCUCGCAGGAGCCCGUGCUCUUCGACCGCACCAUCGCCGAGAACAUCGCCUACGGGGACAACGCGCGCGCCGUGCCCAUCGACGAGGUCAUCGCCGCCGCCAAGGCCGCCAACAUCCACGCCUUCAUCGCCGCCCUGCCGCAGGGCUACGAGACGCGGCUGGGCGCGAAGGGCACGCAGCUGUCGGGCGGGCAGAAGCAGCGCGUCGCCAUCGCGCGCGCCCUGGUGCGCAACCCGCGCAUCCUGCUGCUGGACGAGGCCACGUCGGCGCUCGACAGCCAGAGCGAGAAGGUGGUGCAGCAAGCGCUGGACGAAGCUCAGGAGGGCCGAACAUGCAUUGUUAUUGCACACCGCUUGGCCACGGUACAACAAGCAGACCUCAUAUGUGUUGUCAACAACGGUGUCAUCGCGGAAACGGGAACGCAUUCACAACUGUUGGCACGUAAAGGACUUUAUUAUUUCAUGCAUCGGCGAGAUAAUCACAUGUCUGAUGUGUGAAGGAGAUUGGGUCACCGUCCUGGCACUGAUCAUUACUUAAUUUAGCGUUUUAAAAUAACAAUAUUGAUUAUUAUUAAAUAUUUUAUUCUCGCACAUGGUCCUUUUAGAGAAAACGUGAAUUGUAACUGUCUAGAUUUUCAACUAAUUGGAGCAAUAUGUUGUGAAAAACAUUUAUUUUUUAAAAUAAAUUAUACCUAUCAAUUUUGUGCAUUUUAUUAAUAUAAAUGUAUUCCUUUUAUGUGGCAGCAUCGAGAUAGAAGUAGAGAAUUUGCGAAAGGAAAUAGUAAAUCUAUUAUGAAUCUCAAUUGCUUUGCUCGAGUGUAAGUAUCUCAUAGAGUUUCAUAUCUGUCUCGACAUGUAUUAAAAACCUAAUAAUUACAAAACACUCGUGAUUCGAAAUAUGCAUCGUGAAACACAUUUUGAGAGAGAG